CAUUAUUUUUUCUGGAAUUUUGUGUGUCGUGUUUUGAUUUGUCGAAAUGUGGCGACUAGAUGUUCUUCUUUAUGUGGAAAACGUGUCGUCGGUACCAGUGAAGAUGCGCGGGCGCACGCCGCGCUGGCUGUGGGUGGGGGCGGGGAGCGGGGCACUGCUUGCCCUUGCAGCACUCUCCACUGCACUCGCCUGGACCAGUAUAUUCGAUUCAGCACUUGCAAAUCAACUGGCGCUGACUCCCAACUCCAGGUCGUUCCGUACAUGGGUGGCGCCAACAGUUCCUUUGUUCUUCGAUAUUUACUUCUUCAAUUGGACCAAUUCUGAAAAGUUUCCUGAAGAGAAACCGAAUUUAGUGCAAUUAGGUCCAUAUCGGUUCCUGGAGAAGAGAAAGCACGUGAACGUGACAUGGCAUGAUAAUAACGGCACGGUGGCGUACAGGACACAGAGGAGCUGGUUCUUCGACGAAUCCUCCUCCAAUGGAACUCUUCAAGAUAACAUCACCACCCUGAAUGGCAUUGCUGCUUCAGCAGUAUACCGCUCCAGAUUCUGGGGUUUCCUCCAACAGAAAGGACUGGCUAUGGGUCUGGCGAUGUUCAACCAGAAGAUAGCUAUCUCCAAGCUGGCCAGGGAACUGUUGUUCGAAGGUUAUGAUGAUCAGCUGCUGAAUCUGGCUAAAAGUCUGCCAUCAAGCACUACCGGAGGAGCCCCACCUGUUGACAAAUUUGGAUGGUUCUAUGAGAGGAACAACUCCUUGGAUACGGACGGCUACAUGGAGGUGACGACAGGGAGGGCAGCUGGUACCCUCCCCGGACAGAUCAUGAGGUGGAACUAUGAAGACCACAUCCCGUAUUAUGAAGGAGAUUGUGCUCAACUGACUGGCAGUGCAGGGGAGUUCAUGCCUCGUAACCUGACGGAGGACUCUGUGUUGCCGAUGUUCGUGCCGGACCUCUGCCGGACAGUGUACAUGGAGUACGUGGACACAGGAGACCAGGACGGGUUGACCUACAAUAAGUACGCGCUCACACAGAGGAGUUUUGACAACUCAUCAACUUCUCCAUCGAACACAUGUUUCUGCAACGGGGAGUGCGCUUGGAGUGGCGUGAUGAAUGUGUCAGCGUGUAGAUUCGGAUCUCCCGCCUUCAUGACACUCCCUCACUUCCUGCACGGGGACCCUCAGCUAAGAGAGAUGGUGACUGGCAUGCAGCCAGAUCCUGACGCCCAUUCCUUUUACUUUGCUGUUGAACCUAAACUGGGAGUCCCGUUGGAUGUUGCUGCGAGAUUCCAGCUCAACAUAUAUUUAGAGCCGAGUGAGAAUGUUGGUCUGUAUGAAGAUGUACCCAGGAUGCUAUUUCCAAUAUUCUGGGUAGAACAAAGAGUGAGAGUGGAAGACGAUGUCAUAGCCGAGCUGCGGCUAGUGCGUGCCAUCUUUGAUUGGGGCGGCACUGUCUGCGCCUGCGCCGCGCUCGUCUUCGCAAUACUCGUUACCAUAGCAACGUGUUGGGCGAGAAAACCACACCAGAUAAAGAAGGAAUCUAUGUUCGAAAAGCCGAAAGACGAAGCCGAAUUAAAGCUCAACCCUAUAUGAAAUACUUUAUUUUUUUUAAACUCAAAUAUGGAAUGUAGAUCUUUAAAAGGUCGAGAGCUCCAACGUAUCGUUGGAAAAGUGCUAAAGUGAUGGCAUUCGUCAGUGCACCAAAACGUCACGAAUUUAGUGAAAUGAUAUUUUUUUGUUUGUGAAAAAGUGUAUGGAUUCUUAUUUUGUAAAUAUAAUUUUAUUUAAGAGGAAUUAGAUGAGCAUCCGUGUGUGGAUGUUGACGAAUUGAUUUAGGUAAGACGUAGGAAUAGUUUUUUGUACAGUGAAUUGGUAUGAUUGAAUUCAUUGAUCGCAAUCUUAUUACAAUAAAACAACAUAAAGAUUUAAUA